AACAUAUUAUGUUUUCACAGAGCGAGAGAGUGGAGCGGAGAAUAUAUCACUGAUUUCCAAGAACUUCUACCAGGUAUUUUCAGAAUCAUUCUCAGAGAUAUGAAAAACUAGUUUGGUAUUAUUAUUCUGACACUGCAGAGAAAUAUUCGUUGUCUUGAGCGCGGAUAUUCGAAAUCACAUUUUCGGGUUUAAUUCUAGACCUCCGCUCUACCCAUUGAACUCUCAACACCAUUUUCGGCCCAGAUGUGAUAGCAAUUUCCGCACAUAAUAUACAAACGUAUACAAAAUUUGCAAACUUUGCAACGCUAUAUUUUCCUCAUUUUACAACAUUUCGCGACCAAAUUUUGCAAUUUUACUUAUUUUAGUAUGCUCUUUCUAGCUGUGGUGAUUUAUUUGCAUCUCCUUGCCUAGUUUUAAAAUUAGUCUAUAAUGGGAAUUGUCUAUUUCAAAGAUUUUCCCCUUAUUGCAAAAAUAUGGUUUCUGUUAAACUUUUUUUUCUCUUAAAAUCAUGUCUAUAUAGUUGUGAUUGAAAGUUUUGAUAGGAGCUUAAAAAUAGUUCUAUUUUUCAAGUCGCGCUCUACUUUUUAUUAAUUUUAGGCGCAGCUUGUCACGUGGAUAUAGAGAACAAGGUAUAGCACAGUAACCCGCUUAAAGAACCACUAUUUUGUAGCAACUGGCUACAGUUAUUCUUAAGUCCAUAGGGGAAUUUGUUCGCCCGAAGCGAAAAGCAAAUCUUGGCAAUGUGAUUGCCGGCUGAUUGGUCAGCGAAGAAAUUCGUUGGAUCAAUUCUUACUCUUUUACUUUCCGCGCAAACAAAUUCUCCUGGUGGAAAAUGAGCUUUAUGCAGCCUAGAUCUAGACCUUUACUCGGCUGGCUUUGGCAGGCUUGGUCAAUUUCGGGCUAGCAUUUGGUAAGUAUCGCCCCCGAUCGCCUAGGUCCCAGUCUUCUCAUGUGAAAAAGCGCUGAAUAUUAAAAAAUAAAAAUAGAAGGUCUAGGCUGGACUUUAUGCAGAGUUCAAUAUAAUUCUGAAAACUUGGUCUGACAUUGUGUCAGACCAACCCAUGUUUUUGUCGGACAUGAUCGGACACUUAAUUAUUCUCAAGAGGGACGUUGUCAGUUGUCACACAGUACUAGACACCAAAACCGGGACAACUACCAAAAAUCCAAACCAUAUGCAUAUGUAUAUUGGUUAACAAAAGUACACAAUAUCAACGACAACUUACUCAGUAACAGUAUAUAUAAUCAUGGUAUAUAAUAUAAAAUAUUUCUCUCAGCACACGUGAUGACAUUGUUAUUAACGAAGUCAGAUUCUGUGAUUGUCUAGCAGACGGAAUCUUUGUUUGCAUGUGUUAAAGAUUACAGAUUUUGUUAAAAGAAUUUACAACUAGUGAUGGGCGAUACCGAGUACUCGGUAUUCGAUACCAGCGAUACCACAAACAACGGUAUUGGUAUCGAUUACUGACGUGGUAUCGUUCGAUACUUGCACCAUUUUUUAAACGACUUGUUUAAUUUCACUUCUUAGUUGAAUAAGACUUAAUGAACCACUAAAAUAACUCUUAAUAUUCCAAAUGUGGUGCGCCAAGUCAUGUAUAGAAAAUAUUUAUUACGUUUCGGGCUUUUGGUUUACUUAUAGCUUUAUUUAUUUUACAUACAGUAAUGUAAAAUGUUUUUCCGCUGACUGGCAGGUAUCGAAAGUAGCCGAUACUAGCAAUUUAAGUACUCACUUCCGGUAUCGAAAAUUGAAAUUUUGUGUUUAUUUUGGUAUCGAAAUAGGUAUCGGUAUCGGCCGAUACCGAUCUUAAAAGUAUCGGUAUCGAAUUAAAAAUCCUGGUAUCGCCCAUCGCUACAACAAUAAAGGAAGAAAUAUUGAAAUUGAUGAGACCAAACGGUCAGCCAUAGUGUCCGUGCAGAGUAAUCAGUAGACGGCCAUAUCAGCAUUUUGAUCGGCUAAUGGCCGGUGGCCAACAUUUUUUUUUAUCCCUGGCUUUAUGUAUAGGUUGUAUACAAAGAGGGUAAUCCAACUUUGGCAUGUUAUCCUAUGUAAAGUCCGGAUGAAUCGAAAAUGAGAGUGCAUGCGGUAUUGGUCCGCUGUUCUUAAUGCGUUCCCAAUACUAUCAUGAUUUUAGAAGUUAAAAUCGUACUUGAAACAUUCAUCAAACCUUUAUUUUGUAUCUAGAGCUAGAAAUGUCCACAUGUCGUAACAAUUCAUGACUCUGUUAGCUCUCGUUGGACAGGGGUUUUAAGCUCUGUUCGAAUGAAGAUGAGAGUUGACUAGACUGACGAGAGUUGAGAAGCGAGUGUUUGUAUGAGAGUUUUCCCAUGUCUCGUGGCCCAGUCACAAGAGUUGCAUGAGAAUUGACGGAUUGAGUUGAUUGGAGAUUUCCGCGCGGGAAGCGAAAAUUCUCAUCAACUCUCAUCAAAGUUUGAACCAGUUCAAAGUUGAUCACAGUUCAGAUGAGAGUUGGUGGUCAAACGCGAGCGAGAGUUGCAACUCUCAUCAACUCUGAUCCACGUUUGACUGAAGCUUUAUAUAUACAGGGUGUCUAAAAAAAAAACGCUAUGGAAAUUCAAUAGGCUGUAAACAAUCAUAAACGUGGCUAAACAAUUCAAUUUUUACAUACGACGAAAGAACAGUUAUUUAGCUUUUCGAUGAUACUCUUUUCAAAUCGUAACGAUGAGAAAUGGCCACAUACUCGUCAAAUAAAAAUUGCCGGUCGAAAUCACAUUCUUCCACCGUUGGGAAUUGCAUGGAAAACGAAACAUAGACAAUUCCCAAAAGGGAAUUAAAAUUGAAUGUUAAAUUAUCUAAACAUUAAACAUGGUUCAAUUAACCCCUGAACAAAGAACAUUCGUAUUCAAAACAUUUUACGAAACAAAUAGCUUGUAGCAGGCUUGCGUUGCUUUUGGAUUACUAACUUUGCAUAAUUAAUGUGUUUUCAAUUCCCAACGGUGGAAGAAUGUCAUUUCGACCGACAAUUGUUAUUUGACGAGUAUAUGGCCAUUUCUUAUUCUUACGAUUUAAAAAAGGUAUCAUAGAAAAGCUAAAUAGCAGGUCUUUCGUCCUAUGUAAAAAUUGAAUUGUUUAGCUACGUUUAUGAUGCACGACAGCCUGUUGAAUUUCCAUAGCGUUUUUUUUUAGACACACUGUAGAUAUACUUUUUCCAUAACAGUAAAGAUCAUCAGCUAUUUUAGCUGUCACAUGGUACCAUUUUUUUGUCGUUACUAUAUAAAAAAUGCCAAAUUGGAAUAGACUUAGAAUGAUCUGUCGAAGUCGGAUCUAUACAGAAAUUGGGAAAUGAAUGCAAGAUUACUGUCCAAAUAUUGAAAUUCUCGUUGUGUCAUUCCAGAAAGCAUCCAUACCUCCCCCACGGAGGAAAUUGGAAGUUAAUACUCAAAGAAACAAUUGAUCUUUUUAGAAAAUAUCUUUCUGAUCGUACUCAAAUAACAGUUAUUAACAACAUACGAUCUGAUACUCGUAAAGUAACAUGUGGAGUUCCUCAGGGGUCUAUCUUAGGUCCACUACUGUUUUUAAUAUAUAUAAACGAUCUACCUAAUAGUGAAUUGGUAUCAGAUGGGCGUUUAUUCGCUGAUGAUACCAACUUGACUUUUGCGGACAGCAACCCUGACAAGUUGAUUUCUGUUCUAAAUGACGACCUUAAAACUCUCCAAAACUGGCUUAACCUGAAUAAACUAAGCCUGAAUGCGAUUGAAACUAAAUGUAUGUUUAUGGCAUCCAGGCAAAAAUUAAGUACUAUUCCUGAAGAACCUAAUAUUGCUAUCUCCGGAAACAAAAUUGAAAGAGUUAGAUCUUAUAAGUGUUUAGAUUUAAAACUGGACGAGAGUUUGACAUGAGAGCAUCAUGUUUCUACUAUAAUCUCCAAAGUCUCCAAGGUGAUUGGAGUUCUACGAAAACUAAAACCAUUGCUCCCAAGAAUUAUUACUGAAUCUGAUUAUAACAUCCGGUCAUCAGAUAUUUUAACAUCAUUGAAUUGGACCAACCUUGAAACCAGACGUACCCAACAGUUCAAAACUUUUAUGUACAAAACUGUUAAUAAUAUGGUUCCUAGUUACUUGUCUGGAAAAUUUACUUCCACGUCAAUGAUACACGAACACAUAGUUUGCGUGGAUCUAAUCAUAAAGUUUUUGUACCAAGACCCCUAACGGAAUCCUUGAAGAAAAGUUUUUCCUAUAGAGCAGCUACCCUAUGGAAUGACAUACCCGUCGAACUCACUAGAGUUCAAUCUCUCGCUGAGUUUAAAUCUAAAAUAUCUUAAUAUUUCUUUUAUAUUAGUUUCUUUGCAUGUGUAAUUUGUUACUUUGGUAAAUAGUUUGAUACCUUUUUAUUAGUAAUUAGUCUACUAGUAUAGGUACACGUCUCAAUUGAAGAGCACAUAAUAUAACCUGUGAAAUGGACCUCGUGUUUUAAAUAAAGAUGUCAAUCAAUCAAUCCCCUUCGGAUGUCCUAAUACACUUACUAUUAUCGGAAACAAAUUUUUCUCCCCUCCCCCGCCGGCAGAAAUUUCCUCCUUGGGGCGUGGAUCUUUUCUCGAACGACUCAUUUCUGAUUGAAAUUUAAGAAUUUGAAAAAGAUUCCCUAACGUUUGGGUUACCUUUCAAGUCUCAUCUUUCAACUCUGAUACAAAUUUGAUUGUCUUUAGAACACUGAAGAAGAGGAGGUGCCUGAUAUUUCGCUUAUUUCUGGUCAGUUAAGGCCUGUGUGCGCCCAAAAAGGUUAGUAUUGCAGUCCAACAAAAUCUCAUGCAGGUCCCCAGUUAGAGCAUAAAAUUUGGCACGGAUGAGCAUAUAAUUAUACCAAUGUAAACAAUAUUGGCUAUGGGCCCAUCGAAAUCUUUCCCAUAGACCCACUUAAUAUCGACUUGAUUUUAUUUUUCCUUCACUUUUUAAAAUGUAUAGUACUUUUACAGCAAAAAUAUCAUUAAACUUAGUUUUACUGGGUGUCCGGGAAAGAUUUUGAUGGGGCCCCAUAUAUCCUAUAUUGUCUACAAUUUAUGUGUUGAGUGGCCAAUCAAAAUGCAAGAUUUGUAACAGACCAUAGUUAAGUGUAUACUAUUUAACAAGUAGUUAUAUAUUUAUCAGGAAUAAAUGUGUAUAUUUUGAACAAGUACAUGAUAAACUUUCAAUAUAUUCUGUAUCUCAUAAGCACAAUAACCCAAUACUGGACUAAUGUAAACAAUUUGCAUGGUCUUUGCUUUUACAACGUAUCGUUCGCUUAACCGCUGAGAUUGCUCGAAAUUUGGACACAUUUUGUACCAAAACUGUCUGGAGAUGCUUCUUAAAAUCUGCCUUUUGAAAUUCGUUGUUUGAGGCUAAAUUUUGUCUUUAGUAACUCAAUCUUUCCUGAUGUCUUGGGAAUGUGCAAUGAUACCACAGAUUGGAAAUUUAAUUUAAUUAUCUAAUGCUUGAAACAAAAUAUGCAAACAAAACACGCGCAUGAGCAGAACGGACUUGACUGCCACUUUAAUUAGUUAGGUAGUAUAUAUGGACAAAGGGGUACUUCUUUAAUUAAACUAAGUAUUCAUGUUUUCAAUUUUGUACAGAAAACAACAAUGUGAAAUCAGAGAGUUUGGUUUUAAGAAAUCAAAACACAACUUUGUCAACACAGCAUCAUACGUCUGCAGGUAUGUACGGUAUUUUUUGAAUCACAUAUCACCGGUUCAAUCAAAUAAAAAUACUAUAUAGUCUUCACUUACAGGACUCUUCAUUACAUUUGACAAGAUAAAAAUACCGGGUAUCCCAAAAAAACUGGAUACUGUUUGAAAGAUCAUUGCAUUCAGAAAGGACUAACUUAGAUUUUGAUAUAUAUAACACUUGAAUUGACAUGCAAUAUUGAUCGAGAUACAACCAAAAUAAAAAUAUUUAUUAUUUAACAAGUAUAACUACAUCGGUAAUUAUAAGGUUGUUUCAUGCUAAUUUUUGGAAUUUUGAAAUACAGUAGUUCGACGUUCAAACAUCAAUAGCGCAGUCAAUAUUGCAUAUAUCAAAAUCUAAGUUAGUCCUUUCUGAAUGCAAUGAUCUAUAUUUCAUGGCGAUAGCUUUUAUAGCUUUUACGUUACAUGAAAUCAAACAGUGUCCAAUUUUUUGGGACACCCGGUACUAAAUUAUAAGGAAUGGUGGCUGCAUUAAGAGGAUCCGCUUAAUAGAGGAAUUUGACUGCAUGUAAAACCAUGGUUGUUUUGCUCACAUUCUUUUGCUCACAUUGUUGUGCUCAUGCUUGUCGAUUCUAUAGGCGUACGGGACGAGAGAGAGACUGCCAAAAAUAUAUACAGGGUGUAUAAAAAAAACUGAACAGAUAUGAAUUUGCUCUCAAUUUCGCAAAACAGCUAUUAGUAUCCAGUUUUUGAUGUAUAUAGCUUCUUUGGGUACUUAUAAUGUAGAAUAAUGAAAAAAUUUCUCUAACUCAAAUUUUAUAAACCAGGGGGGGGGGUAUUUUCCAACAAACUAAAAAUGACUUGCGCACGAAAUUUAAACGCUUUAAUCAUAUUUUGAGUUAAUAGAUGUAAAAUUUGUUGGGUUUUUAAUUACUGUACAAAAUUUCAGACAAUUUGCUUUAGUUUCAGCCCUUUAGCUGUUCAUUUUUUCCUAAUUAAGAAAUCAGCCUUUCGCAUGCUUAAUUAAUGCCUUUACCUAAUUUGCAUAUGCUGACAUAUGCAAAUUAGGCAAAGGCAUUAAUUAAGCAUGCAAAUAGCUGUUUUUAGGAAAAAAUGUAAGUUUGUGUCAAUAGUUAAAAGGCUUAAAUUAAAGCAAAUUGUCUGACAUUUUGUACAGUAACUAAACACCCAACAAAUUGUCCAUCUAUUAACUCGAAAUAUGAUUAACGCUUUUAAAUUUCGUGCGCAAGCCAUUUUUAGUUUGUUGGAAAAGACACACACCCCUGGUUCACAAAAUUUGAGUUCGAGAAAUUAUUUUAAUUAUUCUACAUUAUAUACUAAUGGCUGUUUUGCGAAUUUCGAAUCUGUUCAGUUUUUUUUAUACACUCUGUAUAUUUAAGGCUGCAUGGUUUAUAAUAUCAAAGUUUCUGUAACCACAGUAGGAAUUUUGCAUAGGUAAUUCUAAGUUUUGACAGAUUUGUAGGGAACUCGCACAAUGUUGAACACUAAAGUCAGUUCGCUCAAACAUUUCUUACAAAUUCUUCAAAACUUAGAAUUUACCUAUGCAAAAUACUGUGAUCACUGAAACUUUGUUAGUAUACAUCAGCCUUUAGCAAACCAUGGAAAUCCGGGCUGCUAGGAAAAAUCAUGAAAAUGCGGGCAAAUGUUUCGCAAAAUAUAUUGUGACAGGCGUUAAAUAUGUGAAAGAGUAGAAGUAUAUACUAUCAAAAAUCCACUUUUUAGACUUUCAAAAAUGCAAUAUCUCCUUUUUACAUUGAUCAUUUAAUUUAAAUGUGUGCUGCCAUAUUUCUUGUCCCUCCAACCUGGCAUUCGCGCGACUAGACCCAGGACUUUGGGAAACGCAUGGCUAACCUGACAGAUUGAAUCAAAACAAAUAGGGGAUUUCUAAAUAGGGUCCUGAAGAGGUAAAUGGGAACUGGUAUUUGCCUAUUUUUGACUGGAUUUUGGGUUAUGGAUUGGGGUUACUGGGAAUGAAAGACAUAAUAAAUGGGAAUGGGAAAACCCAAAUGCCAUUAUAAAGACAGUUGUAGUUGGACAUUUCAGAGUGAAAUAACUUUAAGAACAGCUACAGAGCAAUUUUUGGUAGAGAAUUUGUCUUAAAAAAAGUUCAGGAAAACUGAAUUUAACAGGCUUAUGGCUCAAUGACGUCAUUUUCCCUGCUAUUGUAAUUCACUUUUUUCUCAACAAAACUAGUUCUAAAGAGGGCAAUUGAACGCAGAAUUCUGUUUGAAAGUCGUCGCAUAGAUGAACCACUUACUUUGGGAUUUUCUUUAAAUUUCACAGUGGGACUGGCAUUUGAUCUAAAAAUCAUUAACUGACGCAAAAUUAACAGUUUUACUGAAUUUUUCAGCGGAAUUUCUAGCACAACGUAGUUGGAAAGGUUUAGAGGUCAAGAGAGGUGAAACACAGGUGACCAAGGCAGUCGAAGGAAGAUCUGGAAUAGCUAGUGGUUAUACACAUGAACUUGUGCAAGAUGACGACAAUACAUAGUACUCAAAUAUGCUUGGAAAAUAUUUUAAAAAUUACCGUGCACUCAGUAUUUUGAUGAAAUUUGCAUUUCAAUCUAAAUCUGAGCAAUUUAUAGACGAUUCAUCUGAUCCCAAUAUGGCAAAAUAUUUUGCCUUGAUAACUCGGCAACAUUCACUUACAACCCUCCCCCGCCCAUUCAAAGAGGUCUAGCACCGCCUCUGCAUACAGUUGUAUUAAAGCGGUCAGUGCAGAAAACAUGCGAUGCGGAAAAAACAUGCGAGGGAAAAGCAAAGCGCUUGUUCUGAUGACUGCAUGCGCCACCGAAGCCCCUAAAACAAUAAUAUAUAUAUAUAUAUAUAU